AUGAAGAUUUUGAAAUAUUCUGCCUUGACUCUUGCUGUGGUUGUGGGAACUGAAGUGCUAUACAAGUGCCUUAAGUACAUGUUUGCUCUAUUGCACCAUGAAAAUUGUGAAUCAUUGAAGGGAGAUGCGUCUUAUCAUACUGGAAAAAAAAUCAACACAGUAAUAUUUUUUCCUGACCAAGGUAUAUUGUCGAGAAGCAUUCAGGAAGAAGACAUUCCAGAAGAGGGAAAAUCAGAUAAUACACACCAGUAUGUCCACAAAUAUCCUCACCAUUCCAAGUUUGUAAAAAGACCCUCAGAUCAGACUACAAUACCACACUCACCUUGCCUGAAGAAGAGCACCUCCCUCAUACAUCUAGUUGAUGCACUGGACUCUGCCAAGCAUUCCCUCAAGGUGUGUGUGUAUGUCAUCACACUCCAGGACAUGCUAAAUGCUUUGCUGAGGGCCAAGAGCCGUGGAGUGCAUGUCAAAGUAAUACUGGAAAGUCAGAUGCCAAGUGAAGCUGCACUGGGUGUACUGAGGAAGCAUAACAUUGCUGUUCAAGUAAGUUGCUCCAGCCAUCUCAUGCACCACAAGUUUGCUCUUGUGGAUGCACCCAACACUCAUGAACAAGUUGUUUUCCCAUGUAAUAGAGAUUUGACAAAAUUAAAUGAAAACACUUAUUUAGGCAGACUCGGAGCAUACUUGGCUAGCAGAUCAUCUUCCACUCAGAAUCCAGUGGAGGCAGAGAGUGCUGGACCUUUAUUGUUGACAGGCUCAUUUAAUUGGACAUGGACUGCAGUGAUUAACAAUUUUGAGAAUGUGAUAAUAAGUAAUGAUUUGACCUUGAUCAAUUACUACAACAAAGAAUUUGAUUAUCUUUGGAAAAAAUUAAAAAAUAUAGUAAGUUGAUUGCAUUUAAUGGAAAAUCACAUUUUCUAGUUGGGUAGACAAGAAUAUAGUAGCACCAAAGAAAGGUUGUUUUUCUUAAGUCAUUCUCUUGUUUAGCUUUGAAACUAACAAACCAAAAAAUAACUAAAUUAUUUCAUCUGCCCAUUAGCUCAGAAUGGAAUGUUUCAUAAUUAUGAAACCUAUUUUGUGUGAAAAAUAUUUUUUUUUAAAUGCCAAAGAGAACUUGGAAAUGGAAUACCUUGUUAUUUUCUACAAUUAAUUCUAAAAAAUAGCAACAAUUAACUGUUCAGUUGAUAUUUCAUAAUUUAUUAAAGCCUUGCAAAAAUUCCUUAGUUUUCAGGUAGCCUAUUAUUUUCAUGACAAAUUAUGAAAUAAUGAAGUAUCUACUUUCCAUGAUAGUGACUGAUGUCAAGGAACCAGUAUCUACUUGUAAGUUAUGUUUCUUGAGAGUUCUGUUGUGCUUAAUAAAAGUUAGGUUAUCAAAUGAUUGAAUUUGUAAUACAGUAAUAGAAGAUCAGUUUAUAUAUAUAUAUAUAUAUAUAUAUAUAUAUAUAUAUAUAUAUAUAUAUAUAUAUAUAUAUAUAUAUAUAUAUAUAUAUAUAUAUAUAUAUAUAUAUAUAUAUAUAUUUUUGUACUGAUAACGGUUCAGGUAAAGGGAGCUUGGCAGGAUAUAGAAAGACUUUCCUCGUGUAAAUACAUCAUAAAUGUAUGUAUAUAUUGUAAUAUUUAUUCUUUGUAGAGCAGACACAGUAUUUUUUAUGGAAUAUAAAUUAAUUAUAAAUUAUAGAUCUAUCUAUUGUCCAGAAGUUCAUCCAAAAAUGCUAUGAUACUGUGACUAAGAACUGCUGAAUAUAGUCCUGAUUUGAAUGGAAAAAAAACUAUCAUGCACAUUUUUCAAAUGCUAUUGAAUUGUUACACUUGAAUAAUGUAGAUUAUCAUCUUAUGAGCUUAUAAACCAUUACACAGUAGUUUACUGCCAAUAUUUACAUAUCACUACUGAAAAAAAUUUAUCAAGAAAACUGACAAAAUUGGUCUAUAAAAAUGUUUUGAAGAAAAGUUUACAUUCAGAAAAUAACAUAUAUCUACCCCUGUAAUAAAGGCACUGCCUAUAUAAAGUGAUUAGAAACAGUAUGCCCUUCCCUAACUACUGUUUAUAGCAACAUCCAAAAGAAACUGAUAUACAUAGUGUCAUAUAUGACAACAUACUCAUCUGUUGAUAUAAAAGUUAUUUGUUAUAUUGAACAAAAUAUCCAUAAAUCAGUAAUAUAUCUGUUGUAUAAACAAUAAGAAAAAAAUGUACAAAUGUGUUUGUACAGGGAAAUACUUUUAAUAUUUUUUUAAAUUAAUUCAGAAUGAUCUGAAAAAUCCAGGCAACAUUUAUUUCAUUACUACAUACAAUACUUUUCUUCAAUAGAAUCUGUAUGAAGAGGUAAUUAUAUCCCAUAUCACUUCC